CAGCCUAAAAUGGGCUGGCUGAGCUUUGUGUUAAAAGGCCUGGGUUUCGGGCUGAAAAAAUUCAGCUGCUUGUGCAGGAUUUAUCUAUUCCCUUUACGAAUUUGCAAUUAGGGUUCGCUUCUUCCGUUGCAGUGAUCGAAAUUUUCACGAUGAAGAAAGGUGGAGGGGUUCCCCACCGCUGUGAUGAUGACAAUGAGGCGAAAAUUGGCGGCGUCACCAACAAGAAAAAAAUGAAGAAGAAUAUGCAGAGACUCGGAGGGCGAGGUGGCCUGUCGCUCGCAUCAUUUGCCAAUGCUAAAGCUAGGAAUGACACCUACAACCCUUCGGUUAUCACAAAGCAAAGAGAGUUCUAUAAGAACGCAAAGUAUGUUAAGAAAUAUAAGAAGUCUAUAAAUCAGCAAGAGCACCAGAGCACUCCUUCCACUGCUCAAGUACUAUCAGAGGGUGAAAAUGGCGGUGGUCACGCUAGCCAGAAGAAGAUGAAGUACAAGAAGAAUGCGCGAAACCUUCAGGAGUUGUACGAGAAGAAGCAUGGCGAGCAGGAGAAAGAUAGGAUUGGGAGGGAAGCCAUGAUGCAGGCUAAGAAGGAAGAGAGAGAAGCAGCAAAGCUCGAAGGAGAGCACUGAAGGAGAAAAUGUAUAAGAAAACGAGGUCUGGUCAACCUGUCAUGAAACAUAGAAUUGAGCACAUGUUGCAAGCAAUCCAAGGUUCAACUAGUUAACACACAUUUUUGUUGAAUAUGUAAAUUUUGCCCCAAAAAACCUCUCCAUCUCUCUCUCUCUCUAUAAUUUUUUUUGUUUUAAUGCUGAAAUAUUGUCCCAUGGUGUGAUAUGCCAUUCCUCCAAAUAUUGUCAAUGUGCGAGUGAAUUUAAAAUGAAAGAGAGUCCAGUUAACCAGUUGUAUUUGUGUGGAGUGAAUUUAAAAUCAAAGAAUUUGUAAUGUUGAUAAA